AUGCUUCAAAUGUUCAUUGGUGUUGAACUUACAAUCAGUGUACUGUAUCAACCAUUCAUCAGUGUCCAGAAAGUCACGGAAUCAAGUUCAAUAGGAAGUAACACGCCAUUGAAACCAAUAAGAAACAUGGGACGUGCAGAUUUCACAUGUGGCCCAUGCGACCUCAUCUUUGCCGACAAGACCAAAACAGACGAGCAUCAUCGACUCGUACAUCAACAAAAUGUGAAGGUUAAAACCAUUCACGGCGAGGAAAUCCAGAUCCCCCGUGCCGCAGAUGGGUUCUUUCAUUGCCCAGUCACCGGAUGCCAGCACUUUGUCAAAAACCCUCGCAACCUAGCCACUCACGUGAAGCGUUGUACUGGUCCAGCCCCGACCGCACCUCAGCGUCCUAUACCCAACUUUGAUGGGCAACAAGUGCGAGUUGUGCCAUACGGAUCAGAUAUCAAAGAGAUGCACACUCAUCACAUGAACGACGACCCCACCCGAGAUGUCGACAAAGAAGUGAUGAUGGCAGAGCUGCAGGAAUACGCACCAUUGAUUGCUGCAGGGCCUUUCCCUCCACAUCAUGUUGAAGGGCAAAAGGCCAAGCCCAUCGAGGGGCUACUGCUUUACAAUGGCUUUACUUGCAAGUUCUGUAACAAGUCUUGGAAGAACAUGAAAAGUGUGAUUAACCACUUUAUAACUAAUCAUAAAGAGGCUGUGAACAUCCUGCUAGAGAAGCUGACGGCGUGUGCAACCGAGGAAGCUGAGCUAGGUCCGGAUUCAAUUUUGGACAAGGAUAUGGCCAACUGGGUCUAUGUUACUGGAAUUUAUACGUACACUCAAGGUUUAUUGCGUAACGGUAAAACAUGUGAAGAGCUGGUGGUAGCGGGAGCUGGCAAUGAAAAUGUGGAAUCAAUGGUGGCGUACAUUGCUACUUGGAUCAACAAAACCAUGAAACGCUUGCAUCAGACCGGCCAGUUAUUGAAACGCAUGUGCAUGGCGGAAACCUCGCCAAAUCUGAUUACCCCAAUUGUGUUGUUUCAGAGAAUUGGAAGACAACAAAGGGCUCAUGCCCUUGCAAGAAAAGGCCUCAGUCUUCAAGUAUGCGCGGAUCUCGCCACAUUCAUGUGGUUCCUGAUUGAGCAGGCAGAGGAACCUCUUGACCCCAACAUGGAGAUCCACGAUGUCACCAAAGCGCGAAUUCUGGGGUUACGGGAUGUUGUGCUACACUUGACUACACCUGAUACGGACCCAUCUCAACUAGAUUACUUGCCUGCUGAGGACGAUCAUGUCUCUAGUCAUGUCUCUGGCAUUCUAUGCUGUUUAUUUCAAACUUAUUGUGGUGGCUGGGCGCAACAAUACCAGCUUCCACCCAUGGCAUUCAUAGCUUUAUCGGUAUUUAAAGAAGAUGGAUCUUAUGACAGCCCUAACUUGAUCACCCACCUCAUUGCUGCAAUGCAAUACGGAACUCGCCUUGCGUUUGCUGAGCAGUACCUCGAUGAACCACGCCCACGGUUUGACCCAGCAGCAGACCCCACGAACCCCGUGGAGGACAACAUGCAAAAAUUCGAGUUUCUCCGCAAGGGUGGCCCAGGCGCUUUCAAAUAUGUUAGGCAGCUUAUGCAUUUAGUUAGUACAGUCAUCUUAUCUGAGGCGCUACCAGAUACCACUUUUUGGGCAGAUCACCAACACGAAACCCUGGAGGUCGAUAAUAAGUUAGUUACUGUUAGUGGCAUUAGAGACUGUAUCCAUCUGCAACAGAAACGCGCACAAGCGGACUUGAGCACCCUUCUGAAGGGCUGCAAGAUGCCAUUGUUUGACACAUCCUUGUACCAUGAUGUGGCCACUUGCAGGCAGCCAGGCACCAACUUCCUCAAUCACUCGGAGUUGGAGCAUGGCAAGUAUGGACUUCAUUUGUUGAAAGAAUGGACACGGAAGAAUGAUGUUCAUGGAUUGUUAGCGGAGGGGUGGCAAUCAAAGGUAGAUUCAGGGGUGACAGUCUAUGACAAAAGCAUUUGGAAGGCAUCUGCUGUGUGGGAAUGGCUGGAACUGUACAACAACCUUCAGGAACGACUUUACUUCUUAUAUCACGUUGCAUCAGGCUUCCUACGACCAACUGCCAUUUUUUUCCUCAAAGCUCUUGGAAGGCCUGAGCGGGCUAGGGAAAUGGCCACCAAAGUGUGGGUCAGUGCUUUGAAAGGGCCUAUGGAUUCUACGGAAUUUUCAGCCAUCCUCAAACGUCAUUUUACAGAGGGGGGUGUGGCUCCUUUAGGAAUCCAAUCUUGGAGACAUGUCUCCGUAGCAAUUGUUGAUGCGCACAUCAAGCUGCAUCGCAGCACCCUUCUGGAAGGCGAAGACGACAUCAUUGAUUGUCAAAGAGGCCACAGUACUUUCACAGCCAAUUCUGCCUAUGGCGGCACGGGAGGCUACCAU